AUGCCCAUAUACAAUGAAUAUACACACAAGCCCAUAUACAAUGAACAUACACACAAGCCCAUAAACCAUGAACAUACACACAAGUCCAUAUACAAUGAACAUACACACAAGCCCAUAAACCAUGAACAUACACACAAGCCCAUAUACAAUGAACAUACACACAAGCCCAUAAACCAUGAACAUACACACAAGCCCAUAUACAUUGAACAUACAUACAAGCCCAUAUACAAUGAACAUAUACACAAGCCCAUAAACCAUGAACAUACACACAAGCCCAUACACAUUGAACAUACACACAAGCCCAUAUACAAUGAGUAUAUACACAAGCCCAUAUACGGUGAACAUACACACAAGGCCGUUGACAAUCGUGCAUGA